AUGCAUAUAGAUUCAACGCCCAGAAGAGCCGAGGAACCUUUCUUCGGGAGGCAGUCGUUGUUCGGGGGGGAGUCGCCCAACGAGCAUCGUGGGGUUACAACCAGGCGGCGCGGCCGCCACCGCGCGCUCCACGCCUCGUUGCCAACCACGACAGCGGGGCUUCCCAGCCUGGCCGGGCUACCGAGCGCUAACAACAACAACAACAACAACUACAACAACAGCAACGCCCCGCCUUCGCCAUCCAACGGUAGCGGCGGUAGGUCUCGCAGAGGGAAGUACCCGGUGAUAGAGCUUUACCGGCGGGACCCCCAAGGCAGCACCAUCGCUGAUGCUGCGGCCGGUAUCGACGUCGGCGGUUGCGAUGACGACGACGACGAUGGCUUGGCGGGAAGGAGGCUUCCGUACGGGCGGCGCGGCGAAGCCGGGGCCCGACGGACGGCGGAGCCGCCGGCAACGGCGGUGGAUCACCUCCGGUCUGUGCUGGGACUGGCGUCGGAUCAGGUGGACCUUAUGCUGGAGUCGUUCCCGACGCUCGCGCACGUCGACCCGGACAAGCUAGGCCUGCCCGCAAAGCUCCGGUUCCUCCGUCACACGAUAGGCGGCGAAGUCCGCACGGUGGCUGUUUCCUUCCCCCAGUUCUUCGGGCACCCGCUGGAGAGACUCAUCGCGCCCAGGCACGCAUUUCUUGUAGCCAACGGCCGCCCAUCAGGUGCGUGGUGGGACUGCUGGGAGACCGACAGACGAGGGCGCACGGCGCUGUUCUGGGCAGCCGGCGGGGGCUCCGUAGAGGCAUGCGAGGCGUUGGUGGAGGGGGAGGGGGGGCUCCGGCCGCAAGAUUCAGGCGGCGACGGGUCGACUCCGCUUCACUGGGCGGUGGCCGGGGUGGAGACGAGACGAUUCGGCACCGGCGGGCACGUCAACGUCUGCCGAUGGCUCUUGAACCUCGGCGUCGACACUAAGGCGAGAACCUCCGAGGGAAACACGGUCAUCAUGUGGGCAGCGUGGGCGGGGGGUCUCGACGCCACGAGGUGGGCAGUGGAGGAGGCUGGCGCACUUGAUCUAGACGCGGCUAACGCGAACGGAUGCACCGUGGCUCACUGGGCCUCGUCGGGCGGUGACGAGGCUGUUUGCAGAUAUUUGCACUCCAAGGGCGUCGACUUCACGCGACGAAACAAGGGCGGGAACGACCCGUUGAACCACGCUGUGGCCUACGGCCGGCGAAACAUCGCUGCGUGGCUCCUGGGAGAAAUUCAUGCUGAAAGAGAAACGCCACCUCCUCCACCACACAGAAGCAGUUACAGCAGUGUGAAACUCCCGGGGGUAGGGGAUGGGUCAGAGGCAGCAGCAGCAGCGGCGGCGGCGGCGGGGAGGCGAAGAAGAGACGACCCGCACUUGCUCGAGCUCGCUCGCCUCACGGGAGACGAAAAGAUGCAGGCUUUCCUUCUCGGGGUAGAGGAUGAGUUCGACCCUUGAGGAAGGAGCCUUUGGCCACCCUCUCAACGUACAAGGCCGGAUCACUACCGUCAUCAUCAGUGGCAAGGAGAGGGGUCGCGCAUUCCCCAUGUCGAUUUUUAUUCGGGGAGGGAAGAACAUUAAGCGGCACUCGUGCGGUGGUUUUUGUAGCCUGCCCACACCCGCACGUGUAGAGGGCACUGACCGGGUGUCGUUUUCACGGAUGUGUGUGGGACAGCUUGGAGCACGUCGUGUCCGCCUAGAAUUUUGAUUCGGGUGACUGCAUCUUUUAUCUGCACGAGUCGAAGGGGGGUCUAGCGCAAGCCGACCUGCAGUGAUUGGUGAGAGGUCUCUACCUCUGGCACGGAGUGUUCGUGUGGGUUCGAUCGUGAAGAUUAUUGCGAUCACUCUGCUGUACCAAUUGAGCGGAUGGAUGCAAGAACCUUUUCGGGACGGGGUGCACAUGCGGCACAGGAUAUUCCUUCCCUGUCUGCCCCAACCUCUGCGGGCGACCACACGUUUUACCCGCCCUGUUCUUGACGAGAUCAACCACCCAAAGACUCACAUGCUUGUAUAGAUUUGUUAUCAAACACGGGCACCCGAUGUGUCUACCUGCCGCCCAAAAGAUGACGACAGCACCUCGAAACGCGACCGAGAAACAAAAGGGGCUCAGGGAAUGCAAGCCGCCGCCGCCGCCGGCGCCGCCUCCGCCCUCCCCCCCGCCGGCAGCGACGAGGGCGGCGGUGGUAGCGGGUCGUCGGAGUAAUAUGGGGAACCAAUCAGUGCUGUACCUUUCUUUGCGGUCUGGGCAUGAGAACGCCUCAUUGCAAGAUGGGGGUGACUUUGCUAGGCUGGGGUAGAGGGGGGGUAGGGUUCGGAGCGUUGGCUGCUGCCGGGGUGGGGGCGGUAACGGGAGGGCGAUUCCUUGAAAUAGGGGGGAGGAUGGAAUACAGCGCAUAUGGGUCAAGUACAACGACGGUGGUGUGGCGUAACUUCCCUGCGUACGGCCCCGGCGUCGCCAACGGGCAAUGGUGGGGGUGGGGAUGGGCAGGCUAGCCGUAGAGACCCGUGUAUAAUUUUUGCCUUAAAUAUGAGGAGGGUGUGCGCGGGAAUUAUUCCACAGUAAGUGGGAUGAGAAGUUGUCUUGGUAAGGGGGGAGAGGAGCACUCUACGGUACUUUCUUUGCGGAAAACCCCAAGCUUCUAGGUGGAACGCAGAUGUGCUAUCAUGGUACAAUAACUACUUAAAGACAGCGGUUGU